UUUGGAUAGUGUCCCCAUCUUACAAACGAGGAAACUGAAUCACAGAGAACUUGUUAGGUCACUUACCAAGGUCACCUGGUAGCCAAGGAGAGCUGGGAAUCCAAGGUGGGAGGUCUUCGGUUUCUACAGCCUUAAACAUGGAGACGACAUUGUUGACAGCACAGAGAAGUGUCAGAUAUUGCUGGGACCACAACCACCUACCCGUGGGCCCUCUCCUCACGGGGGAGGGCACUCACACCAGCUCUGCUCUUCCCAUCAGCACUUCGGACAUAUCCAUAUACCAAGUCCUGCUGGGGGCACUGCAGCUCCAGCAGCCGGGACCACACGCCUUGUAUGUCCGUGUGAAGCGGGUGGAAAGCAACCCCCAGUACCAAGGCAUGGCCUCCAGUGCUGACGUGGCUCUGGUCGAGCUGCAGGUGCCUGUGACCUUUACCAAUUACAUCCUUCCUGUGUGUCUGCCGGACCCCUCCAUCGUCUUUGAGUCGGGCAUGAACUGCUGGGUCACUGGCUGGGGCAGCCCCAGUGAACAAGACCGACUACCCAACCCACGGGUCCUGCAGAAGCUUGCUGUACCUAUCAUUGACACACCCAGGUGCAACCUGCUGUACAGCAGGGACACCGAGUCCGACUUCCAGCUCAAAACCAUCAAGGAUGACAUGCUCUGCGCAGGGUUUGCAGAGGGCAAGAAGGACGCCUGUAAGGGUGACUCUGGAGGCCCCCUGGUGUGCCUUGUGGACCAGUCCUGGGUGCAGGCUGGGGUGAUCAGCUGGGGAGAAGGCUGUGCCCGCCGGAACCGCCCAGGCGUCUACAUCCGUGUCACUUCCCAUCACCAGUGGAUCCACCAAAUCAUCCCAGAACUGAAGUUUCAGGGGAGGGCCAACAGCCCGCAGCAGCAAAGAGGCCCCCGAGGUUGGCAGCACUUGGAGAACUCUGCUCCCUGCCUGGCUGCCCAUGCAGUCAUGCUGGUCCUGAUAACACUGCUCACCAUCCUCUGAGCCUGCC